AUGGCAGAUGAAGCCUACUAUAUCGGCCCUUCAAUUGCAUCUGAGUCGUACCUGAAUGGAAAUAAAUUAAUUGCUAUUGCUAAAAGAUCAGGAGCAAAUGCUUUACAUCCAGGCUAUGGCUUUCUUUCUGAGAAUGCAGAUUUUGCAGAUCAAGUGAUUCAAGCAGGAAUUCAUUUCAUUGGACCUAAUCCAGAUAAUAUCCGUACUAUUGGUGAUAAAAUGGCUGCAAAGGCUUUUAUUAAACAAAAUAUUUCUUCUAUUCCAUUGAUCCCAGGAUAUAAUGGAGAAGAUCAAUCCAUUGAUCGAUUAGAACGAGAAGCUAAAAGAAUGGAAUUUCCUAUUCUUUUAAAGGCUUCUGCUGGAGGUGGUGGGAAAGGUAUGCGAACUGUUUAUGAAACUAGCAAGUUGAAAGAAGAAAUUGAGGCAGCUCAAGGUGAAUCACUUCGCGCUUUUGGAUCUGAUAAACUCUUGAUUGAAAAGUAUUUUGAAAGUGUUCGACAUGUAGAGAUUCAAAUCUUUGGAGAUAAGUAUGGUCAUGUUUAUCACAUUAAUGAACGUGAUUGUUCCAUACAAAGAAGAUAUCAAAAAGUAGUCGAGGAAACACCUUCACCUGCACUUGAUGAAAGCCUUCGUAAAGCUAUGACAAAUGCAGCUAUUGAAUUAGGCCGUAAACUAGCUUAUGUUGGUGCCGGUACAGUUGAAUUUAUUGUGAAUGAGAAAUCAAAAAAAUUCUAUUUUUUAGAAUUGAAUACUCGUCUUCAAGUAGAACAUCCGAUUACAGAAGCCAUUUCUGGACUCGAUUUAGUUGAAUUACAAUUCCUUGUUGCUCAGGGCGCUAAUUUAAAAGAACUUGGUAUUCUGGAUAAUAUACAGUUUCAAGGACACGCUAUUGAAGUUAGACUUUGUGCAGAAGAUCCUGAUCAUGACUUUGCUCCACGUACAGGCAUCAUCCAUAAAUGGACUCCAGCAACUAGUUUGCAGUCCUUGAAAGGCGUUCGUUUUGAUACAGGUAUAGAAGAUGGUUCGGAAAUUUCUAUCUUUUAUGAUUCCAUGAUAGCUAAAAUCAUUGUUCAUGCACAUACACGCCAAGAAGCCAUCCGCCGCAUGACAAUGGUAUUAGCUCAUACUGUCAUCGUAGGUAUAACUACAAAUCAAAAGUUCCUCCUAGCUAUCAUGAACAACCCACGCUUUCAAUCAGGUCUAUUUGAUACCAAUUUUAUUACAUUGGAAAAAGAUAGUUUGUUCCCCACUUCCACGUAUCCUGAUGACGUAAAAAAUAGUAUCCUAGCUGCCUUUUUGUUCGAUUGGAUCUUACGUCGUAAUAGGCAGAUAUAUCUUAGAAACAUUCAACCUGGUUGGCGAAAUGUUCAAUGGCGUUAUCAGCGUCUUAACUUUGCUAUUGGGUAUGAUAACAAACGUGAGGAGGUUCAGGUUCAAUACGAUUAUUUAGGCGAUCCUGAGCAUAGAAAACACCAUUUAUUUAAAGCUCAAGUACUUGGCAAACAAGCAAUUCGACAAGAAGAAGAUGCAAGUGAAUUACCCAUCUCAAUCACUCUUUUUGAAACUGAAUUACAAAAGGAGGUGACCAGUCCAAAAGGUAUCAUCGGCGGUAAAGGUCUUUUACGUUGUACUAUAGAUGGCUCUCAACACUAUUUUUAUAUUGCUGAAGAUAUAAAAGAUGUAAACGAAAAAAUUAUUUUUGUUCACGAUUUUAUUCGUGGAUAUCAAGUUGAAUUGGCUAAGGUGGAUCGUCAUAAAAGCAAAAUUACUAUAUCCGAAGAUGAUCGAACUAUGCCUUAUACAUCUUCUAUGCCAUGUCGUAUUCUUAAAAUUAUUGCUCCUACAGGAACCAUUGUUAAAAAGAACAGCCCUCUUUUAUCUAUUGAAUCAAUGAAAACGGAAGUUAAAAUCCUUAGUCGUCAUAAUGGUGUUGUUACAAUGAGAGUAAAAGAAAACCAGCUAGUUGAUGCUAGAGUACUUUUGUGUUCUAUUGAUGAAAAAUAA